AUGACCGAAGAAAUUAAAGAAAGUGUUUCCCAAGUUGUUAGUGACAAUAAUUAUAAUAAUUAUGAUAUAAAACGUCGCGAAGCUCUUGAAAAGAUUGAUAAUGCUAAAUUUGGAUGGUUUCAUAUCAGAGCAUGUAUCGUAUCUGGAGUAGGGUUUUUCACAGAUGCCUACGAUAUUUUCGCUAUCAAUCUUGUAGCUGUCAUGUUAGGCUACGUAUAUUUUGGAAAAAGUUCACUUCCAACUGAUACUGAUUUAGGUGUGAAAGUUGCAACACCAAUUGGUACACUCAUUGGCCAAAUCUCUUUUGGAAUAUUAGCAGAUAUCCUAGGUCGCAAAAAGAUGUAUGGUGUCGAAUUAUUGGUCAUAGUCUUCGCUACCUUUUCCUGUUGCCUCGUUGCAAAUUCCUAUGUUUUUUCACCUACUUUAAAUACCUUUGUUGAUAAUUCUAAAGUCGUAUCUGUUCAAGGCAUUAUCAUAUUUUGGCGUCUUAUUUUGGGUAUCGGCAUUGGAGGAGAUUACCCUCUUUCAGCAGUUAUUACUAGCGAAUUCGCUACAACUUCAAGAAGAGGUGCUAUGAUGGCUGCCGUAUUUGCCAUGCAAGGUAUCGGAAUUUUGGUAGCAGCUAUCGUUUCAACUAUCACAAUAGCAGCAUUCCAUUCUACUAUUACACCAACUGAUUUUUCACACAUUGAUUAUGUGUGGAGAAUUGUCACUGGAGUAGGUGCAAUUCCAGGAGUUGUUGCCCUUUAUUUCCGACUUACAAUACCAGAAACACCUCGUUUUACCAUGGAUAUUGAACGUAAUGUCAAUCAGGCAGCUCAAGAUAUCGACACAGUAUUAACAACAGGUUCAUAUAAACCUCGUGAACAAGAAGUCGUCGUUAAAAUUGAAGCACCAAAAGCUAGUUUUUCAGAUUUCUUUAGACAUUUUGGUAAAUGGGAAAACGGAAAGGUUUUAUUUGGAACAGCUUUUACAUGGUUCGCACUUGAUGUAGCUUUUUACGGUAUCGGUCUAAAUAACAAUAUUAUUUUAAAACAAAUUGGAUUCCUUGGGGAUGGUACAGAUCCAUAUGAAACAUUAUUUAAAGCAUCUGCUGGUAAUAUUAUCAUUGCAUUAUUGGGUACAGUACCUGGUUACUGGGUUACCGUAUUUACCAUUGACUUAUGGGGUCGACGCCCAAUUCAACUUAUGGGAUUUGCCUUGCUUACAGUAAUAUUUAUUGUUCUCGGAUUUGGUUAUUAUCCAAUCUUGGGAGCAUCUGUUGAACUUUUCAUAUUUAUAUUUACAUUAGCACAAUUCUUCUUUAAUUUUGGACCUAACACCACUACAUUCGUUAUACCUGGUGAAAUAUUUCCAACUCGAUACCGUUCAACUGGACACGGUAUAAGCGCUGCAUCAGGAAAAUUAGGAGCUAUUAUUUCACAAGUUGGAUUUUUCAAAUUGAAAGAUAUUGGUGGUGCACCUGGUUCAAAUGCAUUCAUCGACCAUUUAUUUAAAAUAUUUGCAGUUUUUAUGCUUGCUGGCUUCAUAGUCACUUACUUCUGCGUGCCAGAAACAAAGAAUCAGUCAUUAGAAAGUUUAUCAAAUGAAAAUCAAGAUGGAUUUGUCAGAGAUAAACGUUCGGCUGAUGUUUAA